AUGUCACUUGUUAAUAAGAAACAAUACUUUGAUCUUCUGCCUACGAAGUUGAAGACAUUUUUCCAGAAAUACCCUCCAAGUAUAACGUAUAGCAGUAAACCAACUUUAACAACAGAGAUAAACGCUAAUCCGUUUCUACCAAACAAAAACCCAACAACUGGGAGAUAUCAUGAUCCAAAAUAUUCUUUAAGACGUAUGAGUGACCUAUAUAAGCUGGCAUACAGGUACGGUUUACAAGACUUGCUACCUCCUUCUAAGAAACUGUUCUUCGAAGAAAAAUAUGAGAAGAAGAAGAUGAUGAGGGGUGUUUUACUGCCAAAAGGGACCAAGCACGAAUUGCGCCAUGAGUCUAAGGUGGCUAAAAUGCAAGAAGCGAUUAAGAACGCCGACCAGUACAUUGCAGAAGUAAAAGGUGCUAAAUUCUUAAAGAAGUUGGAAAAAAGGAAACUGAAAGAAAGAACGUGGUUUUGA